AGGAAGCCUGAAGAAGAAUGGCCAACUCCAAUUCUCAACACAUGGUCUGUGGGUCAGUGACAUUUAGGGAUGUGGCUGUUGACUUCUCUCAGGAGGAGUGGGCCUGCCUGGAUGCUACUCAGAAGAUCUUAUACAGGGACACGAUGUUGGAGACCUACAGCAACCUGGUUACCGUGGUGGGAAGUUGCAUUUCCAAGCCAGAUCUGAUCACCUUACUAGAGCAGGAGAAAGAGCCCUGGAUGGCUGUGAAGGAAGAAACAGACAGGCUGAGCCCAGAUUUAGAGACAGAUUAUAAUGCUGGAAACAUAUCUCCAGAAAAUCAUAUUAAUAAUAGAAAAUUUUCUGAACAGAACAUAAAGCAAUUAAGUAGAACUUUUGACCUCAAGGGCUCUACUUUUAGUAAUGGCCCCACCUAUAGUACAUUCAAUGGACUACAGGCUUAUCAAGAAGGAGGUGCUGGUCAAAAGUUUACUACCAAGGAAGAAAUGCCUCCUUAUACCAGCCAGACUCUUGCUCACAACAUAGAAAAACCAUAUGAAUGUAAAGAGUGUGGGAAGUGCUUUGGUUGUAGGUCAACUCUUACUCAGCAUCAGAGUAUUCACACUGGAGAGAAGCCCUGUGAAUGUAAGGACUGUGGGAAGGUCUUCAGACUCCACCAGCAGCUUACACGACAUCAGAAGUCUCACAGUGGUGAGAAACCUUUCACAUGUAAUGAAUGUGGAAAGGCUUUUCAUCUUCCAGACCUGCUGAAGUACCAUAAAACCAAUCAUACAGGGGAAAAACCAUCUAAAUGCAAAGAAUGUGGUAAGGCCUUUUACUGUGUCUCCAGCCUUGUUGAACAUAGGAUUGUUCAUGCAGAUAUGAAACUAUAUGAAUGUCAUGAGUGUGAAAAAGUCUUUAAACGACUCAAAAGCCUCAAGCAACAUCAGAAAAUUCAUUCUGGUGAGAGACCCUUUCAGUGCAAGGACUGUGGAAAGGGCUUCAUUGUUCUGGCUCAGCUCACUAGGCACCAGAGCAUCCAUACUGGAGAGAAGUCAUUUGAGUGCAAGGAGUGUGGCAAGAAAUUCAGAACUGCCAUGCACCUUGUUUUGCACCAGAGUAUUCAUUCAGGUGAGAAACCUUUUGAAUGUAAUGUAUGUGGGAAGGCUUUUCGUCUUCAGGUAUACCUUUCUGAGCACCAGAAAAUUCACAUGGAAGAGAAACCUUUUAAGUGUGAGUUGUGUGGGUCAGCCUUUAGACGGAAGACCCGACUUAAUGACCAUCAGAAAAUUCAUACUGAUGAGAAACCCUAUCAGUGUGAGGAAUGUGGGAAAUGCUUUCGUCAAAAGUCAAGUUUUACUGAACAUCAGAGUAUUCACACUGGAAAGAAACUCUUCCAGUGUGAAAAAUGUGGGAAGUUCUUUAGACUUAAAAUAAACCUUAUUCGUCAUCAGAAAUCUCACAGUGGUGAGAGACCUUUUGAAUGUAAAGAAUGUGGAAAGGCUUUCCUUCUUCGCAGCCAGCUUAAUAACCAUAAAAUUGUUCAUACAAGUACAAGACCCUUUGAAUGCGAGGUAUGUGGGAAGUCCUUCAAGCGUGAAUCCACCCUCGUUCAACAUGGCGCUGUUCAUGCUGGUGUGAAAUCAUAUGAAUGCAAUGAGUGUGGGAAAGCUUUUAUUUACCGGGCAAGCCUGUUCCAACAUCAGAAAAUUCAUUCUGGUGAGAAACCUUUUAAAUGUCAAGAAUGUGGAAAGGCUUUCAUUGUUCUGGCAUACCUAACUCGCCACCAGAGGAUCCAUACUGGAGAGAAGCCAUUUGAAUGUCAGCGGUGUGGGUCAGCUUUCAGAUUUAAAUCUCAACUUAAUAAACAUCAGAGAAUUCACACUGAUAAAUUCUUUCAGUGCAAGAAAGGUAGAAUGGACUUUGUUCCUGGAGUAAACCUUAGCAUUCAUCAGGGAAUCUAUACUAGUGAGAAGCCUUUUCAACAUAGUGGAUAUGGGGAAGUUCUAAAAUACCAUUCCCAAUUUUCUUAG